AUGCCCCUCGAAUAUAUUUAUUCCUCGGAUGAAUCUGAGAUCUCCGAGACAGACAUCUCGCUCCGCGGUCGAAAUGGCCACGCCCAUACCCGCCGUCGCUCUGUUUCCCGCCACCAGCAGCGCCGCCCCGAGGUAGUAAAAGAAUACCUAGCACCUGCCCCGCAAACCCGCGUCUACCGCUCACACUCCACGGGCGGAAAUCGUCGCCGCGAGCGCGACAAUGGCCCAUCCGUGAUGAUUGUCAACGAGCAAGCUACCCGCGCCAGUGGUAGUGGCAGUGGUGGCAGCGGUGGUACCGCUGCUAAUAGCAACAAGCCCAAGACACGCAUGCAACAGAAGUACUACGACGAGUCGGAGGAGGAAGAGUUCGAACCAGUGCGCAAACAUAGCCACUCCCGACACCGUGCUGCGAGUGGCUUAUCGGCCAAUGUGAACGUUGGGUCGUCGAGAACUCCUUCGCCGCUUCAUCGAGACUACGAGCUUGUCAUGGGACAACGGAUUCUUGAGAGGUCCGAUUUGAAGCAGGAUAUGGAUAUUUGGAAGCAUCAGCAGGAGAUCGAGAGAUUGGAGCGAGAGCUGGAGAAGCAUCGCGAGAUACCUGAGCCGCCGCGGGAAGGGAAGGAAAUGAGACGAUUCCGGGAAGAGGAGCAGUUAUAUGAAGAUGAAAUUAGUGAGCGGCUGCGUAGGUUGCAGCGUAUUGAGCGGAAGUCGAGAGAGGAAGAGGGAGCUAAGAAGGCCGAGAAGGCCUGGCGAUUGCAGCAUCUUGAGGAUGCCGAGAGAGAAGAGGAGACUGCUCGGAAGGCCGAGAAGUCAUGGCGCCUAAGGAAGUUGGAGGAGACUGAGAAGGCCGAGGAGGCGCAGCGCAAGGCAGAGAGAGCGUGGCGUAUGAAGAAGUUGGAGGAUGCCGAGAGGGAAGCUGCUGAGAAAGAGGAAAUGCAGGAGAGAAUCAAGAAGGAGAAGCUCGAGGAGAUCGCUCGUCAGCAAGAAGAGGAUGCCGAGAGGGAGAAGCUGAAGAAGCAGUUCCUUGAGGAGGAACGGCAGAAGGCCUUUGAGGCAGAUGAGAAGAGAAAGAAGGAAAUGAUGCUCAAAGCUGCUGCUGUUGAAGAGUGGAAGCUUGAACAAGAACGUAUGAGGCAGCGACAAUUCGAGGAGGCUGCGAAGAGAGAUCGUGAAUUCCGGGAGCGACUACGGAACGAUCUUGGAUAUAAUGAAGAUGAAAUUGCGCAUAUCCUCAGUAAGAAGAAGCGCGACGAGGAAAAGAAAGAAAAAGAUGGAAAGGAAAAGAAAGAUAAGGAAAAAGAGACUAAGGAGGUUGAGGAGCGAAAGACCACUUGGAUCAAGGUUCACCGGAAGCAUCUCCUUCCAGAGACCUUGCUGGCAUACAAUCUUCCCUGGGACUGGGACGAGCAUGACAGCAACUAUAUCAUUAUCAAGCGAUGGGUCACCGAGGACUUCCAAGAAGAGCUCUUCGGCCACACCAAGCGCAUUCGCGACGGCAAAAUUCUCACCGAGACCUCCCACUCGCAAACCGAGCUCAAGGUUAACGACGACCGCAAAGACAGAAUGUACCUUGUGCGCAAGAAGGGCCCUAAGCACAAAAUUCACUUCUACGCUAAAUAA